CAGUGACUUUGACGUCAGGCGCGGGGCUGGGAGCCUGCGGAGCCAAAGCCGAGAAUCCGGUGGAUGCUGCGGAGAGAGAGAGAGCAAGGAGAGUCCGCCUCCCUUCCUGCUGCUCCUCCGUCUCUCUCUCUCUUUGCCUCUUCCUUUCUUCCUUCCUUCCUUCCUUUCUUCCGCUGCUGCUGCUGCUGCUCCCGCCGCUUCCUCCCGAUCCCUUGGAGCAUGGAGAACUAAAGAAGUGCAUUGCUGCAAAGUGAGAUAAGAUCCUGACACCACCAUGGGGAAACAAAACAGCAAGUUACGCCCUGAAGUCAUGCAGGAUUUGCUAGAAAGCACAGACUUUACAGAACACGAGAUCCAGGAAUGGUACAAGGGCUUCCUGAGAGACUGUCCAAGCGGACAUUUGUCCAUGGAGGAAUUUAAGAAAAUCUAUGGGAAUUUUUUUCCUUAUGGGGACGCUUCUAAAUUUGCCGAACACGUAUUCCGCACCUUUGACGCCAAUGGCGAUGGAACAAUAGACUUCAGAGAAUUUAUUAUAGCCUUGAGCGUAACGUCUCGAGGGAAGUUGGAGCAAAAGCUGAAAUGGGCAUUCAGCAUGUAUGACCUGGAUGGAAACGGAUACAUCAGCAAGGCAGAGAUGUUGGAAAUUGUUCAGGCAAUCUACAAAAUGGUUUCUUCAGUUAUGAAGAUGCCAGAAGAUGAAUCAACACCAGAGAAAAGGACAGAGAAAAUCUUCCGUCAGAUGGACACAAAUCGGGAUGGAAAACUUUCUUUGGAAGAGUUUAUUCGAGGAGCCAAGAGUGAUCCGUCCAUCGUCCGUCUCCUUCAGUGUGACCCCAGCAGUGCUGGGCAAUUCUAAAGAAACUGCAUGGAUGAUGUUGUGUCUCUGUUUUUUGUUUGUUUAUUUGUUUGUUUCUCUCCUUUUUGCCAAAACAACAUUUCAUGGUGGUGUUGCCUCUGUAUGGCCAACUAUGCCUUCUGUCUGUGGUAUUUUAGCUUUCUUUGUGGCAGAUCAAUCAGCGGACGCACUGAGCACUCUCCGAAACUCACCCCAGGGGCUCAGGAGAGCAGCUGGUGUGCCAGUGUUGAUUUUUCAAGUUGUUGUAAAGGUUUGCAGCCUGGUCCUAAAGUAUGUUUACCCAGAAGUAAAUCCCACUGAGUUUUUAACAGGACUUAAUGUCUAGCAUGCUUAGGAUAGAGGCCUUAAGUUUUGUUUUGUUUGUCAGUUCCAACCUCAAAAGAAAAAAAGAAUAAAAGACAGAUCAUGGCCCAGUUUUCAAACACUGUAGGUCUCAUAGGUUGGCAUGGAAGCAGUACGCGAGAAGUGCCUGCCAUGUUUGUUUCAAUCAGCAUUCUUUGGCAUUGCUAUGAAUGAAAGGACCCUUAAUUGUUUGUAUCAGAAACAGAUCCAGGUUCAAGCAGCUUAAUACACAGGUAGUUCAAUACUCAAAUGUAGUAGAUAGCUUAGAAGUGUUACUUUUUGGACAAACGAUUCAAGAAUUAUUGAUGAUAUGCGUCCAAAACAGUAUUUUCCAAACUACUGUAUAUGCUAUAGAGAGACAUCAGUGUCAAGAGUUUUGCUCAUUUCUUUCUUUUUUAAAGAAAAAUCUGGUCGUGGUUUAAGGAUGAAAUGCUUAGAGUAAAAUGCACCCCAAAACACCUCGUACCGUAACUAAAUGAAAUGUGUCCAUGAUUACUAAUAAAUUCUUUGCAAGCAUUCUGCAUGGAGACAGGGUAGGAUUCGGGCCAAGGUGAGGACCCAGAAGUCUUGGUAAACAGUACACCGUCUGCUAACCAGUACUGAAUCAUCACUUCCCCACAAAACACACCACAGUCUUUGAUGGAAGAGCUAGCAUUCAUUGUCAUGCUUAGAGUGCAUCUAUAAGGGGAAUGAAGGACAGGAAGAUUUGUUGUCCUGUCUUUACCAGGUUAUGCUGCUGGAGUUUUUUUUUUUAAGCGCGGGAAAGGGCAGAAGAGAACUUCAAAUAAACAUUUUAAUUAACUGCCA